AUGUUGAAUCAGAACAGAUCCCGUAUGGGGAUCAGUUCUGUUUCAUCUGGCGGCUACGUCAGUGGCGGUGGCCAUUCCCGGAGUUUUUCCCGGCGUUUUGGCUGUCCGACCCUUCCUUCCCGAGCUGGAAUAACAUUCUUUAUGUUCAUCCUCUCCUUCGCGACAAAUGUCUAUUUCUACAUUGAAAACCAAAACUUACUUCACAACUUGGCCUACAAAGAACUUCACGAAGCAGUCAAAGUUCAAGAAUGCCAAAAACUGCUAGCCAUGAAAUCAAAGAAGAUUCAAGAGCAAAUGCUCCAAGCAUACGCUCACAAAAACAACCUAAACGGAUUCAUACCCAUGCUUGACGACGAUGACGGAUUUGACGAUAACGUAGGCAAAGUUGAUGGAAUUCAUGGAAUGCCUAUGCCCAAGCAUUUGAAUCUCCCGCAACCAGGAGUGAAUAGGGCGCCAGCGUUGGUUCAAAAUAACGAUUAUGGGCACGAAUUUGACACGCACCUCGACCAGGAUUCUUCUGAAGCGCCGGAGCCGGAUUUCGCGUAUGAUUUCGCGCAAGAACCGAAUCCUAGAAUCCAAGCGCCAGCGGCACCUGUGGACUCCUGGAAUCAGCAAGUUGCUCUUCCCGCUGCUCCUGCGGCUCCUGUCCGAUACGAAUCGCCAGUGAUCGACCCUCAGGAACAAGAAGACCGGGAAAAGGAACGAGAAGUGAUUCAAAAACUAAACGACUUUAUCGAAAAUAUCAACAAAAACGGCGGCGCGGAAGCAUUUGCGAAUCAGCUAAAAGAAGAGCCGAAACUCGAGGCGCAAAUCGAACACGUCCAGAUGGCAGAGCAGAUAAUUUCUGAUGCGGAAGACAAUGGCAGCGAACUAGAGGUCGCCGACACGCUUCAUGAAAUUGCUGAAGAAGUGGCUGAAAUAGUCCAGGAUCCAGUGAUGGAGGACAUUGUCGAGGCCCAAGAUGACGGAGAGAUCCAAGAUGAGUUUGAUGAAAUCAAGGAAGAGACCCUUGAUGAAACGGCUCAAGGGGAUCCUUUCGAAGAGGCUGCUCCGGCAGAUACUUCUGAAGAAACGGCUGACCCAUGGGCUGCACAGGAAAUUCCUCAAGAGCCGGAAGCCGCAGAACCAGCAUUUGAGCUUCCAAAAGAUUUUGGAGAGCCGGAAACUGGCGAUUCCUUCGGUCAAGAAGAACAAGAAGAGAACACCGAGAACAAUUACCAGAACGAUAACUACGAGAACGAUGACAAUAACAACGAAGUUUUCCAACAAGAAGAGGAAAACGACAAUGGUGAGAUUGCAGACCCUUUCAGUUUUGGCGACGCGCCGCAAGAAGAUGGCGGCGAAGAUGAUUUGUCAAAAAACUGGGAGCGCCCGAUUGGGAUUCAGGAGUCCCAAUCGACGAGGGCAGAAAACCUCCAGACAUCGGAGGAGAAUAUCCUGAACCAGGAGAACCAGCUGGCGGACUUCGAACCGACGAUGGAGCGACAACCGUUGCCCCAGGAGCCGGAGACGAGCUGGAUGGAACCACAACAACCGAUAGUGGAACAACAACUACAACAGAGCACUCAACAACAGCAGCUCAGUGAAAAUAGUGACGUUGAUCCCCUUAAACCUGUUGUUGUCCUCGGCGGAGGAGCAUCGCAAGCUGCUCUUGGCCAAAGAUGGGACAACGAGGAAGACGAACUCAUGCCAAAUCAAGGAUUCGGACAAAUCAACCCUUACAACCAAUUCGGCCAAUUCAACCAAUUCGGUCAGCCAGUUCAGCAACCCUACGCCAACCAAUUCGGCAUGAACCAAUUCGGCCAACCAGUUCAAGUUCCAAAACCAAAGGAAGAAGACCCUGAUGAGAUAAGCCCCGUUCAGAUCAAAAACGUACAAUCCUUGGCUGAAUCCGGAGGCAAUGCGAGAGACUGCAAUCAUCUUUACAACCUUGGAGUUUCACAAAACGGAGUUUAUAUGAUUCGACCAAGUCCUACCGACACCCCUGUUCAAGCGAAAUGCGAUUUCCGCUACUCUGGUGGCUGGACCGUCAUUCAGCAUCGUUUCGACGGCUCGGUUGAUUUCAACAAGGACUGGGCCGCCUACGAAGCUGGUUUUGGCCAAGCCCAGUCCGAGUAUUGGCUUGGCUUGGAACACAUAAGCAAAUUGUCAAAAGCUGCCGACACGAGAAUAAGAAUCGAUCUCACCGACUUCCAAGGGCACAGUGCUUAUGUCGAGCAUGAGAAUUUCUUCGUCAAUGGACCGGAGGAUAACUACAGACUUCAUGUUGGAAUCAAGCGACACGGAGACUUAGGAGACUCUUUCCAAGUGACUUCUGGCGAGAAAUUCACGACCUACGAUCGCGACAACGAUGGAUGGUCCGGAAAUUGCGCUGAAGACCUCCAGGGCGGAGGUUGGUUCUCAAAAUGCUCGUACGCUAACAUCAACGGAAAAUACUAUCCAACGGGGAUUUCAUCAAGAAGAGACGGUAUUUAUUGGGCCAAGUUUCCAGCGGAUUACAGACCUCCAGAUCCGGAGAAACCAGGCUACCGAUUGAACUCGUUUUUCUACUCGAUGAAAGAGAUCAAGAUUUCAAUACUGGUCGAUCCAAACAAAUAG